CCCUCUCUAUUCCACCAUACGCAGUUACGCACCACAAAGUACACACUCGAUUUUUUCCCUCUCUCUUUCUUGAAUUUUUUUAAUUUUCCUGGAAAAUUCAAGUCUGAGGGGGGAGACAAGUGCGUCAGAGGCGAUCCCGAUCACCAUCCAUAGCGUACAGAUACAGAGAUAGAGAGAGAGAGAGAGAAGGGGAGAGAGUGUGUGUAGUGUCAUUGAGAUUUGCGACGAGAUAGAGAAGAUCUCAAGCAGAUCAGGAGUGAUAUAAAGCAGAAGCUGGAGAGUGUGUCAUUGAGAUUUGCGACAAGAGAGAGAAGAUUUCGAGCAGAUCAGAGUGAUUUAAAGCAGAGGCGGCGAGAAUUUAUUGAUAUGAUAUGAGAGCUUUUAAGAGAAGAAAUUAACGAGACUGGCAACUUUCUCUCUCUUUCUAUGCUUCCUCCUGCUCAUUUUUCCCUCUGAUGCCAUGUUUCCUUAGUCUUGACGCCAUUUCUCUUUCCCUCCAUACAAGGCUGAUUUUUAUUUUAUUUUUUAUUGUUUCUCGCUAACUUUUCCACAAGUACUUGACUUUCUUACUUGAUUUCUUUUUUUUACUCUCUUCAACUCUCUUUAUCUGGUUUGUGGUGAGGGCUCUCAUCAUUGUUCUCUUUGGUUGGCUGAGUGAGCGUAAUCAGACUUACCAACGUAUUAUUAAGGGGCGAAAUCGAUGGGGACAGCGCGAGAUUCGAGGUGCUUCUGUAAAGACAUAUGCUGUCUUAGUCCAAUGUAUGUUAUGGUCUGCUGGUAGUUGUUUCAUACGGAGGGACAGAUAAAAAUCUCCCCAAGAACCCGCCAUUUCUGGUCUGGGUUUCGAGAUUGUGCCUUGCUGGAGAAACGUCUCCAAAUUUGUCGCCUGAGAAACAGAGAGAAUAGAUGCUUUGGUGUUAUGGGCAGUUUCAGGCAAUACAGUAGCUUGGUUAUUGUACUUUUGUGAAGGUUUUUUCGUGGUUUUAGGCUAUUCGUAGGGGCAUUUUGGGGAUUAAAAAAUGAAGUUUAUGAAGCUGGGUUCGAAGCCUGAUGCACUUCAAGCUGAAGGCAAAUCCAUCAGGUAUGUGUCAUCUGAGCUGGCUACAGAUGUCACCAUAAAUGUUGGCGAGGUCAAGUUUUAUCUACACAAGUUUCCUCUCUUGUCGAAAAGCAAUCACUUGCAAAAACUAGCGUUGAAAGCCAGUGAGGAGAAUGCUGAUGAAAUUAAUAUGCUUGAUUUUCCUGGUGGGCCGAAGGCCUUUGAAACUUGUGCUAAAUUCUGCUAUGGUAUGACCGUUACUCUCAAUGCUUACAAUGUAGUAGCUGCUCGUUGUGCAGCUGAGUACCUUGAGAUGACCGAGGAUAUGGAUCGAGGGAACCUUAUUUUCAAAAUUGAGGUAUUUCUGAACUCCAGUAUCUUCCGAAGCUGGAAGGAUUCCAUUAUUGCUCUUCAAACCACCAAAUCCGUUCUGCCUUGGUCUGAAAAUCUGAAGAUUGUGGGAAGGUGCAUAGAUUCUAUUGCAUCUAAAACCUCUGUGGAUCCAGCAAACAUUACUUGGUCAUACACAUACAAUAGAAAGUUGUCAGUGCCUGAUAAAAUAGUUGAAGAUGGUAUGCAGUUUCAAGAGAAAAAUGAAUCUGUUCCAAGGGAUUGGUGGGUUGAAGAUAUAUGUGAACUGAAUAUUGAUCUUUACAAGCGAGUCAUUGUUGCUGUUAAAUCAAAGGGAAGAAUGGACAGUAAAGUUAUUGGGGAGGCACUGAAAACUUAUGCUGUCAGAUGGUUGCCAGAUACAUUUGAAGAUUUUGUUUCUGACAGUCGUGCUUGGAAGUACAAAUAUGUGGUGGAAACACUGGUUUCUUUAUUGCCUUCGGACAAGGGUGUAGGUUGCUCAUGUAGUUUUUUGCUGAAAUUGUUGAAAAUUGCCAUGCUUGUUGGAGUGGGUGAUUUGCCUAGGGAAGAUUUGGUAGAGAGAAUCAGUUUAAAGUUGCAUGAGGCCUCUGUUAAGGACUUGUUGAUCUCAGCACAGUCCCCUCAAACCACAUUAUAUAAUGUGGAAUUGGUACAAUGCCUUGUGACUCGUUAUAUGACUAAUGAAAAGCAUAGCGAGUAUUUAAGUGUUGAGAAGAAUGAUGAGACUGAUGACUUUGUUUUACGCCAUGGGCAUGGAUACAUGUUGAGUGUUGGAAAAAUAAUUGAUGGAUAUCUUUCAGAAAUUGCACGUGACCCAAAUCUCACACUGACCAGUUUUAUCGACUUGUCACAAACUAUUCCAGAGACUGCUAGACCAACCCAUGAUGCACUGUACGAAGCCAUUGACACCUAUCUGAAGGAGCAUCCCAGUUUGACAAAGGCUGAGAGAAAGAAGAUAUGUUCACUGAUGGACGUCAAGAAACUGACAAAAGAUGCAUCCAUGCAUGCUGCACAGAAUGAGCGGCUCCCACUUCGUGUUGUGGUCCAAGUUUUAUUUUUCGAGCAGGUCAGGGCUAGUGCUGGUGUUCAAGCUCUUCGCAACAAUACCAAUGAUGUUCCAUAUUCAAUGACAAACACUGACGAAGAAUGUGAGAAGACAGCAGUAGAUGAUAACAAAUCUGUCGAGCGACAGACGAGUCAACUGAAAAUACAAGAUGAAUUCCUGGAAAACGAAAAAAUAAUGAAGAAAAACAGCAAGAACAGCAAAAGUGGCAUGCAGUUGCUGCCAUCUCGAUCAAGGAGAAUAUUUGACAAAUUAUGGGUCAUCGGGAAAGGACAUGGAGAGAACAAAAGCUCAGAGACAUCAGGGAGUUCACAGAGCCCAACAUCAAUGGUUCCAGGGGACACCAAGUCCUCAGGUUCAUCUUCAAGACACAGGAGACACUCUAUCUCCUAAGGGAGGAAUUCAAACUUCCUCGUAAGUAAACAAGUGAAUGAAGGCUAUAAUCUGUUUCAAGUGUAAAAAGUUGUAGGAUUUUGUUUUAGUUGAUCAUGGUGGGUUUAUCUCUUUCAUCCUAUCUGGAAAAUUGUAAUAAUUUUUUCCUCUCCUUUUUUUGGUUUUCUCGUGGGGCCUGGCUGGUGUCUAACAUCUGUUGAUUCCAGUAUCAAGAUUCUGUAUUUCUUAUAUGAAUCACGUAGAAUGUCUGAAGAAAUAUUGAAUAUUGUUCAUGUAGUAUGAGUUUUGCUCCUUUUACAAA